UUCACUCCCUUCACACAAGCAAUCCUCCCAUGUCUUUUACUUGUCUCUUUUCUCAUUAUAAGACUCUUCUAAAGAAACUCUUUUAGACUGAUCUCAACCCAAGCCCACCAACUCACAACGAUCUCUCAUCUCAACCCCCACCAUGGACUUCAGCCACUUCGAGGACUCGAAAAGCUCCAGCGACGACACCGACCGGUUAGACCCCACCAACGACGAGACGGGGAGCACGGCCAGGUCCUACGGCUGCGUCUUCUGCAAGCGAGGCUUCACCACCGCUCAGGCCCUGGGAGGGCACAUGAACAUCCACAGGAAAGAUAGAGCCAACAAGUCAAGGCCUUCGAACAACUCAGGCUUCUCUCCGAUCCUGAGCAUAAGCCCCGACGAGAGCUACACGCCCCUCAGGUCUUUCCUCCCUACACCCAGUUAUCCUCCGUACUAUUAUGGGUUGCCAGAACCCUCUGCUGUCCAUAACCCCAUGUACUUGCCGGCGUUGACGUGGGACGCGAGGCCCGAUCCACAUGGGAGAAAUUACAAUGACUAUAAUCACUUCUAUGUGCCGAGCAAUCCAUCCGAAGCAAGUACUUAUGAUGGAGAGGAGUGGCAGUGGGGGCGGAGCUUGCAAGUUGGCCCUUCACACGUGGUAGAUGACAACAAAGGGAAGAGAUCAAGGGCCGGAGCUGAAGACGAUGGGUUGGACUUGGAGCUUCGACUCGGUCAUGACCCUUAAAGAAAAUUAAGUACAUUAGACGUAUGUAUAAAUACUAACUUUUGCGAUGAUUUCACUGCCUCGUUCUAUACAGUUUUUGGAUCCGUCCCGAAAACUUUUCGGUGUUUCUUAUGUGAGAGGAGGAGUUGGAAUGAAGUUAUUAAUAAGAGGCGUUUCGCUUUCGCUGUAUCAAUCGGCGAGUGUUUGGUGAUCACACGUGUUUGCGGGGGACAAACCUUUUUUGUGAUGAAGAAGCUUCGGAGAGGCGUUAAAACUGUGUUAUCAGACACAAGGAAGUUGCUUGAGAGAGGUAUGAUUCUUUUGUCUAUCAGCUUACACGCACCCCCUUGAGAAUUUCCUGCUAGUACUUUUUUGUCCUCCUAUUGCUUGUCAAUUCCAAGAUUGAUGUUCCAAAUGGAAUAUCUUCUCUUUUUUUCUGUAAAUUUGAUCCUUCCGUCACAAACCAUUGAGUUUGUAGACAAACCCUAAUUAGCUUGAUGAAAUAAUCAGUUAUAUACUAGCUAGAUAGAAAGUAAACAACUCGUGUACUUAAUCAUAAUGGUUUGGGUGAAUUUUCUUUCC